UCAACAGUGAAUGCUAACGCCCGCCAAACGCUUCACCCAUUGCCUCACACCUCGAAUCUUUCCAUUGAUAUUCACACGGAACAUCACAAUCCCCUACCAUAGCAUGGCGGGCGUCGCAACCUCGUACGAUUCACCCGUCCGCAUCGCAGUAAUUGGUGGUACUGGUGUGCAGGCGCUCCCUGGUUUCACCCUCAUCGCAAGUCUCAAUGUCACGACGCCAUGGGGCUCUCCUUCCUCCCCAAUCUCGAUCCUCCAGCACCCUUCGCCAACGACCGGCAAGCCAAUCCCCAUCGCUUUUCUCUCCCGGCACGGACUGCACCAUGAAAUUGCGCCGCACGAGAUCCCCAACCGUGCCAAUCUAGCCGCACUCCGAUCGAUCGGCGUCCGUACAAUCGUUGCUUUUAGCGCCGUGGGAAGUCUGCAGGAAGAGAUUCGACCCCGCGAUUUCGUGGUGCCGGACCAAGUCAUUGAUCGUACCAAAGGAAUACGCCCAUUCACAUUCUUCGAAGGCGGUAUGGUCGGCCACGUCGGUUUCGGCGACCCGUUUGAUGAGGGCCUCGCCAAGAUCGUGAGACAGUGUGGACACUCCCUCGAAGGAGAAGGAGUCCGACUCCACGACAAGGGGCUCGUUAUCUGCAUGGAAGGCCCUCAGUUCAGUACCCGUGCCGAGUCCAACUUGUACCGCUCCUGGGGCGGCUCUGUCAUCAACAUGUCUGCCCUUCCCGAAGCGAAGCUCGCGCGCGAAGCCGAAAUGGCCUACCAGAUGAUCUGCAUGGCCACCGAUUACGAUUGCUGGCAUGACAGUGAGGAUGUCAAUGUCGAGAUGGUCAUGGGACAUAUGAAGGCGAAUGCUGAGAACGCGCGGAGAUUUGUAGGCGCCGUCCUAGAUGAACUGAGCAAGGAGGAGCAUGGGGAGCAGGUGUUGGCGAAGCAUCUCGACGGGAUGAUGAUGGGUGCUGGUAGCAUCACGCAUAAAGAAGGGAGGGGAAAAGAGUCUGAAGAGAAGCUGAGGUGGUUGUUUCCUGGUUAUUUUGAUUGACCACUGAUGACCAAGGGGAGUUGAGGAGCUCUGAUAAUAGUCGGAUCUUUCACUCUAUGGGUAUCAAAUACCCAUCACUCAUGUUUGGUCCUUCUUGCCUUCACCGUGCAUCCUAAGAAUCCAAUGCACGAAAAAAUUUGAAUCCUUGGCCAUACCGUCUCCGCCACUUGGCAAGGUGCCCGCCAUGAAUCCGCAGAUCUUGGCAGAUCACCCCAUGGAGCCCACGAUGGAGGUUUGACUAGAGUCAGCCGCAAACUAAAGGCAUAAGAGUUAAGCAGAGGCUCUUAGAAAGAAAGAUGUAAACGAACUUACC